AUGAAUACUAUUGAUAUUGAACUACUGAAGGUCGAUGAGAUCUUUGGAGAUAUCGGUAUUGAUCAGGAUGAUAUAAUUGACACUUCUGUACCCAAAUAUCCUGAAAUCAUACUACAAAGUAGUGAAAAAGGUACUAAAUAUUAUACAGCAUAUCAAAGUCAUAGUAGACAAUUUAUAAAUAACGAGAGUAAUGAUAGAAUUGUACGAUGGAAGAAUUCAUCAAUUGAAAACAUUAAUAGCACAAUAGUUGAACAAUUGUUUCUAGGAUCCAGUGGCCGUUCAGCCAAAAUUUCUAAAGAGAAGAAAAAUUAUGUCAGACCAACAUCAAGUGCAUUAUUUAGUUGGUCUUCUACCGAUGAAUACAUUGAAAGAAGAAAACGAGAAUUACGUUUGAAGGGGAAAAAGAUCAAUGGCGAUGACAAAGAAAUGGUCAAAAAGGAAGAGGAUCCCGAUACCACUGAAGAUUUGAAUAGUAUUCAUAAAUUAGGAAUAAAUCCACCUAACAAUAAGAUUAUGGUGCAAUUAUCUCAAGUUGUGGAUAACGAAUCCAGUCAAUUCAUUCAUGAAAGAAUACAAAUAAUCAAACAACAUCACAGUCAGAAAAUCAAUGAAAUGAUAAGUGAAAGAAAGAGAAAAGACCAUGAAAUUCAUUUGCAAAGAUUAAAGCAGAAGGAAGAAGAAUAUGAAAGAGAAUUGAAAAUGGCUUUAGAUGAUAAGAAGGAUAAAGGAUUAGGAUUUCUAGGAGGAAUAUUUAAUUUCAAUAGUGAUAAUCAUCAUAGUCCUAGCAAUAGUAUUAGUGGAUCAAUUGAUGAUAAUAGUUCGAUUAAUGCAACAGUUGAUCUGAAAAAACGAUUUUCAUUCUUACCAAACAAUUUGUUUUCAAGUUCCACCAAUGCUAGUAGGAAUUCACCCAAACCUAUGCCAUCCACACCCCCUAGAAAUGAACAUGAAGUGGUUGUUGAAUUCGAAGCGCCCCCUACACCCACAAAAAGUCCAAUUGGAACAUCUCAACCAAAGGAAAGCCCUGUACAUAUCAAAGGAAAUGAUUUGGAUCUAAUGUUUCAAAUGCCCAACGAUCCUGAAUCAGUUAAUAACGAAGAAGACGAUGACUUCGAUGAUUUUGCCGAAUUCACAAGUUCUCCCCCACCUCAACCAACCGAAAAGACUAUUAAAGUUCACACUCUUAUGAAGAUGAACGAGCCAACCCCACUAAUCAAUUUGGAAGACCAUAACGAAGAUCAUGACGAUAGAAAAGAACCCACAAAAGAAAAAGUUAAUGAUUUAUUAAUAUUAUAA